AUGAAUAUUGCAGCAUCUGGUGAAAAUCGGGAUAGCAGAAGAGGCCUGCAAGGCCACAGGCAGGAGGCUAGACAGAAAGCCAUACGCCAAGAGUUCUACCAAAGCGAUCGCGUGAGGCAGUUCCAUCGUGCACUUCUGCAGUCGGAAACUCUGAAUGAUCGCGAGAACCAGGCGAAGACAGACCAGAAGCUUACCAGUGCCGCCAAUGAGGAGACCAAGAAAAUGAUUGACGAGAUAAAGCGAAAAUGGCUGGAGGGCAUCGAGCAGGACCGACAGCACCUAAGGAAACGGGAGAUGGAGGCGAAGGCCGUUGGCGAUUACAUAAAGCAACAAAUGAUGGAACACGAGUCCAUGCGGAGGCAGAUGAUGCUAGAUAAGGAAAGGGAGAUUGAAGAGUGCCGACAAAUGCGAGAGCAAUACGCAAGGGAGGCGCAAAUGCGCAAGCAGCAGGACCACAUUGAUAAGAUGAAGGCCAGGAAAGCUCACAGGGAUCUUCUGGCAGCGACCAGCACCAUCAGGGCGCUGGAGGCUGAGAAGCAGGAGAUGGAGGCGGAGAGGCGCAGGUUUUUUGAGAUGGAGAGGGACAAACGGGUGAUGAGGAAGCAGGAGAAGAGGGAGGAGAGGCGCAGGGUGGCGCAGAGGUACAAAAAGAUGGUGGUGGAGCAGCUGGCCACGGAGAUGCGGGAGAAGGCCGGCGAAGAGGAGCAGCUCAGCGCCAAGAUCCUGGCCGACAGCAUCGCCAAGUGGGAGGCCAAGCUGCACGCGGAGCAGACGGAAAUGGAGGAGAAGAACAAGUCCAUGCGGGACGCCAUCGCCGCGCACCGGGAGCUGACGCUCAAAGAGCAGGAGCAGAAGGCCAAAGAGGACGAGGAGAACGCACAGGAGGAGCUGGACGACAGGAAAGAGGACGACCGCGUGCACUGGGAGACGGAGGAGCUGAAGGCCCAGGAGAAGGAGAAUGAGCGCGCCGCCAUGGACGACUUCCUGCGCCGGCAGGUGCUGGGGAGGCGCUUCCGCGACCGCCUCCUGCGCGGGGAGCAGCUGGACUUCGACAAAAAGUACGAGGAGCUGAUCUCCGAGGAGGAGGAGCAGUUUCAGCAGUACACCGCCGCGGUGAUCGACGCCGCCACGAACGCCAACAGGAACAUAAUCCCGCUCCUCCGGGCGGCCAAUCACGGCAUGUGGUGCGGCCUGGGCCCCAUCAACGGGGGACUCAGAACAGGUUACCUAGUGCCCGGUGCCAACUACGAUCAGAUUCCCGAUUACGUGGGCACCACGGCCGCAGACAUCAAGAGGUUAUACGAGAAUGAUCAAGCAGAUUCAAGAAGACUGGGUUUUAUAUGGUAG